AUGGGAUUCAGUGCACCGUAUCGAGAAAUAACAAUUUUCGAGAAUUCAUGCAUUCAUCGAGCUGAAAGUGAAAUUCUGGAAAAUUCGUUCAGUCAAUUCGUAUUUGACAAUGCGGAUUUUAACAUCAACACCCUUGACGGUCAUGGAACGUUCCAUGCAAUGGGAGGAAUCCAUUGCGUGACUCCCUUCACAGCUAUCCAGCGUGAGAAAAAAAUUCCGCGUAUUGUUGAAAUAAAAUCAGCUUCAGAAGUUGCACAAUUGGGCAUGGUUCCUGUACUCUCUUACAAUAAACAUAAAUCGGCGGGCUUAGAGGCUAUAACUGUUGCCGAUGUCGAAGCUCUUCGUCAACUUUCGGGCGACAUUUUACCAACGAUACCAGAUUUAAUUUGGCUUUACGGAAAAUGGAGUUGCUCUGUUGGAAUUCCAGGAUGGAAUGGAUUUAUGGAGAGUAUAACAGCCAAUAUGCACUAUGAACGCUCAAAAGUUAUCUGUCUUCCGUUUAUCAACGCACCGCCAUCGAAUUAUGACACGAUUCUCACAUCGCUUCUUGAAGCUGUCGAGAAUUCAAAGCGUUGCAAUCAAAAAACCACCUUCAUCACAUUUGAUCAACCGCUGUACUGGAAAGCUCGCGACAUCGUGGGAGCUGCUGACCCAACAUCUGAUUUAAAAAACGUCAUAGUGAGACUUGGUGGAUUUCAUCUUCUGAUGUCGUUUAUGGGAUCAAUUGGCACGAUUAUGUCCGGUAGUGGGAUUGAAGAGCUUUUCAAGCUCAUUUAUGCAGAAAAUUGUGUCGAAAAAAUUCUCGCCGGUCAUGCAUAUGCGAGGGCUGUUCGCGCUCACAUUUUGUCACACGCAGCCUUGACAAAAAUUGUACUGGACUCGCUGGAAUUAGACGAAAAAGAACGUGAUGAACUAGAUUACUAUGCGGAAGAUCUUUUCAAUCGACCUACCAUCAUGACUGCCGCUGACAACAAUGGAGUGAAAAGCAUACACGACAAAUUCGCAAAAGGAUUGGUAGCCAUCGAGAGCAGAGGACCUACGGCAAAGCUAUGGAUACAGUACCAUCGUAUGGUUUCUCUAGUGAAGAACUUCCUGGAAGCAGAAAGAUCCGGUAAUUGGGAACUUCAUCUCGAUACGAUACAAAAAAUGCUUCCUUUCUUUCAUGCCAGCGGUCACUUCCUGUAUGCAAAGUCUGCUCAUUUAUACCUACAAGAUAUGCGAGCUCUGAGUGAACAAAUACCCAUCGACGAUUAUGUCAAGUUCACUAGACGUGGCUAUUUUACGAUUCGUCGCUCGGAAAAAUUUUGGUCUGGAAUUAUGUCAGACAUGACGAUAGAGCAGACUCUUAUGCGAUCCAUGAAGACAACAGGAGGACUGACUCAGGGACGAGGAAUUACAGACAGCACAAUAGCAUCGUGGACUUUGGGCAUGGUUCAACUUCAAAACAUUUGCGAACAAAUUGAAAAUUUUUCCGGAGUAUCUUGCUCUACAACCGAACAGCACGUCGACAUGAGACCCUCGCGAAUUGCUCGAGACAAUUGUGACGUUGAGAAAUUGGACAUGUGGCUCGCAAGUCAUAAUCCGUUCCCAGAGAAAAAAGAAUUGAUGUCCAUCGGCACAGGAGUUAUGGCAAACGAGAACAUAAAUUGUCAUCGUGCAUACGAAAUUGGUCGCGACAUGAUGACUAAAAUCAUAGGAGCGAAUUUUGGGUCUUUGUAA